AUGGCGCCUUCACGAACAGACACAGACGGCAAUGGGGAGUUCCUGGGCUCUUACACAGCCGCCUCAGAAGUCAAGAUUAUGGGCUUUGAAGCUCACGACUUGAGAUUUCCCACCAGCCUCGAUCUCUCUGGCUCAGACGCCAUGAACCCCGGCCCCAACUACAGCGCCGCGUACAUCAUCCUCAAAACAAACACUGAUCUCCAGGGCCACGGCUUCGCAUUCACAAUCGGCCGCGGCAACAACCUGUGCACAACCGCCGCCGAGAUGAUCGCCGAGCGUCUCGUCGGAAAGUCGCUUGCCGAGCUGACGGAGAACAUGGGCCAGACGUGGCGGCAUCUCGUCUCCGACUCGCAGCUGCGCUGGGUCGGUCCGGAAAAGGGCGUCAUUCACUUGGGCCUGAGCACAUGCGUCAAUGCUGUCUGGGAUCUCUGGGGGCGGUACUUGAAUAAGCCGGUGUGGAAGAUUGUGGCGGACAUGACGCCGGAGGAGUUUGUUAAUUGUAUUGACUUUCGGUAUAUUGUUGAUGCCAUCACUCCCGAGGAGGCUGUUGCGCUGCUGCGAGAGCAGGAGAAGACCAAGGCUGCAAGAUUGGAAGACGCGCGCGUUAGCAAGGCUGUGCCGGCUUAUACGACGCAGGCUGGGUGGUUGGGGUUUUCUGACGAGAAGAUGGUGCAGCUGAUUAAGUCGAAUCUUGAUCAGGGCAUGGACAAGUUCAAGUUCAAGGUUGGCGGCAACCUUGAGGACGAUGAGAGACGAUUGCAGAUUGCUCGUGAUACCAUCGGAUACGAUCGUCUGCUCAUGGUGGACGCCAACCAGGUGUGGAGCGUGCCCGAGGCAAUUGACUACAUGCUUCAUCUUGUCAAGUAUAAGCCACUUUUCAUCGAAGAGCCUACGUCGCCUGACGAUGUCCUUGGCCACGCCGAGAUCAGAAAGGCCUUGAAACCGCAUGGCGUUGGCGUUGCCACCGGCGAGCAUUGCCAGAACCGCGUCAUGUUCAAGCAGCUCCUUCAGGCCGGAUCGAUCGACUACUGCCAAAUCGAUGCUUGUAGAUUAGGCGGCGUAAACGAAGUCAUGGCCGUCUUGCUAAUGGCCAAGAAAUUCAAUGUGCCUAUUGUUCCUCACAGCGGAGGCAUUGGCCUGAAUGAAUACACGCAGCAUCUUGCUCUGAUUAACUACCUGUGCGUGGCGGGAGAAAAGAGCUUGCUGGAACACAUUACUUCGUUCCGCGAGGUGCUUACGAAUCCUUGUCAGACCAAGGAUGGGCAUUUUGUUACACCGCAUGAAUCGGGGUAUAGCGUGGAGUAUAAACCUGAGGCGAUUGAGAAGUAUACUUAUCCUUCGGGGAGCUUUUGGAGGAGUGAGCGGGGAUUGGCGAUUAUUAAUGAGCCAAAGAUGUAA